CAUGAAGGAAAAUGUCUUCAAACUUAUCCGAACUGUAGUCUUCCACACACCGAGGACAAGACGGAAGGAACUGAUUAAGUUCUGACAUAUCCAUCAAGAGUGCUUAUCAACUUGGAACAAACUGCCUAAAGAAAUCUGCAUUCAUUUUGAUUAAACUACUGAAACUCCAGCUCAUUCACAUUCCACAAACUAGCAUAAGCCCAUCUGUAUGGGCAGCAAUCAGGAAAAGGCCUGCAGUGUUGAGGUUUGAAGAUUAGACAGAAGCAAACACUCUCCAGUUGCACACUAUAGUAUUCUAGAGGGGAGAGAUGGAUGCCAUAGUGAAGAAAUCCCUUGGCGCUCCGGUCAGACAGUUGUCCAGCUGUGUUUCGGGGGUGAAGGAUGGCAUGGGUCGGAAAGGAAAGAGUGUUCGGAGAAAGAGCGCCCCCUGUUGCUACUCUCAGACAGCACAUGACUCCUCCUGGAUCAGAGCCUAUCAAGCAGAACUGCACAGAGAGAGAAAACUGAGGCAAGUCAUGUUAUCUAAGAAGAAUGCAGAGAGAGCAGCGAUGAGAACUCAUUACAGGAGCCCACACCGGUACACAAAGACAUCUCAAGACAGGACGCAGCUAAAGACCAAAGCCCCCCAAAAAAACGACGACUCCCUUUUCGGUGCCUUCCAAGGGCUGAGCCUCAACAUGGGUGGCACCCAGGCUUCUCUGCCCGCACCACCAAGCGCAGAGCAGUGUAAAGUCAUGUGAUUAGCAGGAUUGAUAACUCACAUUAGUUCUGCACACCUGUGCAGCUUUGGUUACGGCAAUAUAAAGGAAAUAUCUUUGACCGUCUACGUGGACUUUUAGCCACCAUCGAUGCAAAUGAACCUUAGUUUCGUUAAUGACAUCAUCAUGACUGUCAUUUUAUUACUUUAUAUCUGUGACUUCAUUUAUUUUAUUGUUGAGAUAUUGCUCUGGGAUAUUCUGUCCCCCAGAGAAUUUUGUAUAAAGCCUGUAUACAAAGUGCUUUUUUUUAAAUGAUUAUUUAUUAAAUAAUAAAUUAUAUUAAAAAAUACU